GUUUUCUGUUUAAAUGUGUAAGGAUUUGGUUUUCUGAUGGAAAUGGAGAAUGAUAACAGCUUCACACAACAGACGGCAAGGCCAAAAUUUGAUUGUCUUCUAUUUGAUUUAGAUGAUACUUUGUAUCCUCUCAAUUCUGGCCUUGCACUUGCAAUUCACCAAAAUAUCAAGGAUUACAUGGUGGAGAAACUUGGCAUAGAACCAAGUAAAACUGAUGAAAUGACCAACCUUCUUUACAGUAACUAUGGAACUACUCUUGCUGGUUUAAGGGCAAUUGGAUAUGACUUUGAUUAUGAAGAAUAUUACAGUUUUGUUCAUGGAAAAUUGCCCUAUGAAAACUUAAAGCCAGAUCCAGUUCUGAGGAAUCUCCUGCUGAGCCUUUCUUAUAGGAAGCUUAUUUUUACAAACUCAGACAAAGUCCAUACGAUUAAGGCACUGGAAAGACUUGGAUUGGAAGAUUGUUUUGAAGGAAUCAUAUGCUUUGAGACUCUCAAUCCCAUCCACAGAGGUACUGUGUAUGAUGAUGAAGAGAACAAAGGUUCAAUGGCAACUGAUCCAACCCCAAAAACAGCUCUAAAAUGCUCAGAAAUCUUUGACAUCAUACAACAUUUUGCUGAACCUGAUCCCACUGCAGAGCUUCCAAGCACAUCAGUUAUCUGCAAACCAUCAGAACAUGCCAUUGAAUUGGCUCUCAAGAAAGCCAACAUUAACCCAAAAAGAACACUGUUCUUCGAGGAUAGUGUCCGCAACAUACAAGCUGGAAAACGAGUGGGUCUUCACACUGUGCUGGUUGGUAAAUCCCAGAGAGUUAAAGGUGCUGACUAUGCCAUGCAGAGCAUUCACAACCUUAGGGAGACAGUACCUCAAUUAUGGGAAACUGAAAUAACAGCACAAGUUAUUGCAUGUCCUGGGACUCAGAAGCUUGCAGUGGAAACAACACUUAUAGUUUGAGACAUGCAAGAAUGACAGUUUCUAUUAUCAUCAAUAAAUUUAAGGAUCAAUUACAAUUUUUA